AUGCUCAAUGCCAAACAAUCCACUUUAAACACUGCCUCAACUUCAAUUCCACAAGCCGAGACUGUCAAUAUCGAUUCGACACCAUCUUCGUAUCCAGUACUACCUAGAUCAAUUCAAAAAAACAGCGCGAUGGUAUCACCUUUAAAUAAAGUAGCUCAACUUCCGCCAUCGGCCAACCAUCACAAAGUCUAUCCACACUAUUUUGAAUCCAAUACAGUCAAUAACCAAGAAACCAUCACGCCAUCUGAACAGUACACUCUUUACUCAUCCAUCAAAGACGGCGACACUGCAUUACUUAAUACAGUAUUAAGUGGUCCAAAUGCGCACAAAGCAGUUCAAUAUACAGACCCUCAAAGUGGAUUGACAGCUUUACAAUAUGCAGUACGACAUCGGCCUCUACGAGCUAUUGAAUCCGUUCAAAUUGUCCUCAUGCUAAUUCAGAAAGGAGCUGUCGCGUCCACACCGAAUUAUAAAACAAACAAGUGUGCUUUACAUUAUAUAUUGCGCAAUCCAUACAUGAUGAAGAAAGUAGACGAGCAAGGAGAAAUAGCAGCUAGUACAAGUAGCAUGACGGCUGAAAAAGAAAAAACUGAACUAGAACUCCUCAAACUAGCAGUGUAUGAGAUUGUCAAAAUUUUACUGGAUGCUGGUGCAUUGCCUAGUGGUGCUGACGGAACUGGAAAUCAUCCGUUGCAUUAUGCUUGUCAAACAGGUGAAAUCCAGCUAGUUCAGUUGCUGUUGGAGUAUGGAGCAGAUGUAUUUGCACGAAACAGAAAAGGAAGGACGGCUAUGCAAGAAUGUUUAUUUCCAGAAAUUCGUUUCUUGUUGGAGACUGCUACAAAAACUCAAUCUACAGGUGGGCAAAACACCAAGAUUACUCAUGGUACUGACAAUACCUAUUCAGCAAACACCAUCAAACCUGAAUCGGCUGUUUGUGUCAAUGUACAUACGACUUCUCCCACAAUGGAAACGCAUACUACUAAAAAUCAAGCAAAACGAGCCAUUACAAAUCUAUCAGACAUGACCAUCAAAAACCCGAAUGAUGUCGCGAUGGAAAAAGAUGGAUCAGUGCUGCAGGCACAGAUAUGCUCACCCAUUCCAUCCCAAAUUAUUCAAGGUGGCAUUCCAGAAGUAGUGCAGGUGUUGUCUAUUAGUGCGCCUACUUCACUCCAAUCCAAUUCAACCCCUAUCUCAUCUAUACAAACGCCCAAUCCUAUUUCAACACCCCAGCUUGUUCAAGAACCACAAACAGACUUGGCUGAUGCGGAAAUCCAAGCCUCGGAUCAUACUUUGAUGAAACAAAUCUACCGAUCGCUUCGCUCAUCUUCCUCAACAUUUACUGACCUGCCUAAUACAGACACGUUGACUCUUUUUAAACAACUUUUAGCUGACUCUGAUCUUCGCUGCAUGACUCUUGAACACGAGCUUGAUCAAGCUAUUUCAGACAAAACGGUCUGUUUAGCUGCGUCUCAAGAUCAUAUUCGCCGUUUAGAGCAAGACGUGUUAAUAGCAGAAGCUCGCACAGAAAAAUCAUCCAAAGAAGUACUAAAGCUACGCCAAGAGGUAGCAUCUUUAGAGAAAAAGCUACAGGGUCUGCAAGGCGGGUCUGAGGCUUUAAUGAUGGCAUAUCAAAAGUCUUUAGACAUGAGUCAUCGAUUGGCCAACGAUGUUGAUGAAAAGCAGGAGAUGAUUGGAAAAUUGAAGCAGCAGAUUUACGGUGGUCAUCGGGAUGAAGAUGACGAGACUCUACAGGAUAGAACGUUGGUUAUGCUGGAUUUAUUGUGUAGUGCUGCUCAGUUUCAAGUGGAUGCCAUUGUAAACGAUUUAGAUCACAGAAAAGAGAGUUUAGAAAGUGUCAAGGCUCAAAGAAUCGAUCUACUUACUCGUGCUGGAAAGGACAAGGUUGAACCACUUGAAAGCGACGAAGAUCUUUUGGGACAGUUUGAUGAUGCUGAGCGAGUGAUUCUCGAUAGUAUUGAGCAGUGUAGGGCGUCCAAGGAAUCCGCUCAGUCUAUACUCGACGCGUCUAUCAAGCAGUACACAUACGAAAAGACUCAGCAGGCCGAUCCCUUUGAGAAUAUUGGUAGUGAUGUCACUGCGCAUGAUAAAGACACUGGAAUAGAAGCGGUUGUUUCAGAAACGUGGUCCAACAAGUUUACUGACAUUGAGCAAUUACUUGAUACGCUGUCAUUUGAAUCUACUCCACCUGAGCCUGUCACUCAGGAUUUUCCCUAUUCUCAAUCUACCUAUCACGUAUAUGUAAAAGCUACUGCAGGCGAUGGCACACCACUCCGCGUUCCUCUUACAAUGAACAUUGUAGCUCGUCUUUUGCGAAUCUCACACCAAACUCUUCGUCUAAAAUCCCACACGCUACACAAAUCAACUGAAGCAGCCCAAAAAGCACAAACACGGCUAGAUCAGACUCAACAGAAGCUACAGGAAACAGCGCGACGUCUUUUGAAUGCCAAGAACGAGCUAAAAGAUCUAUCUAGCAAGUUUUUGCGCAUGGACAAUGAAAUGGUUGAAAUUGAAUGCAAGCUGGAUGUAGUGAAUGCGUCGAGAGUAGAAGAGAUUCGAAGUCUAAGGCAGUUGGUGGAUAUAUUGGUUGGUGGGUCUUGUACAUCAUGGGAAUCUUCUGGCACAGACACGAAGGAGCAAUUAAAGAAUGGUGACUUGUCCAUUCAGGAACACGAGGGCUUGGUAGGAGCAGUCAAGCAUAUGCUAGCUAGUGUUGAUGCAAAAUUGCUUAGAGAUAAAGGAAUCGAUAUAGCAGCCAAAGGAAGUGAGGUACCAGAAAGUGUUGCAUUGGCAUCGCAUGCUGCAUCCAUCACUGCUGGGCAAAAAGACGCGGAUCUGCAUCGAUAUGCUUUACAGGCUCUUGCCGUAGUUCAUAUCUCUCUGCAUCGACUUCAGACAUAUUGUGAUAGUAUUGGUGUGGCUUUACAUGCUCUUCAAACAGAGAACAAUCGUCUGAAAAUGGCCCAAUCCGAAUCUUCAUCUACAAAGAAUUGCAUAAAAAGUAUUGAUGGCGGCUCUUCCGAUUGCUUGGUUAAAAUGGCAGAUGAUCAACAGACACUGUCCGUUCCAACUACAUCUGUCACACCUAUCGAUGCCACAGAACGAAAUGUCGCUUUACCAAGCACGAUAUUGACAUCUAUUCCACCCACUUGUGCUCAAUUAAAUGCAUCUCCACCUCUUGCACAAAUCUCCACUCAACCCUUACCAGUCCUAACACCAAAGCCCCAUGAUCGUGAACAACUCGUUGUAAGCGUCAGCCCUAUUACGCCUUUAUUUGACUCAAGCAUUUGGUCAGAAUACCCAUUUAUAUCAAACCAUCUCCAAAACGAGAGUAGCGAAACCAGUUCUGAAAACGCAUUUGCUCGUGCACAAACAUCGACGCGUACCAACUCCAUUGACCCUUAUGCUUUGAACCAUCAGCGUGUGGACGAGCCAAUGAAGUUAGUGUUGCAGCCGCUUCCGCGAACGGCCUCUAGGUUUCCUACGCAGCUUCACUCAAGCUCAGUGCCCUCAGUGUCCCAGGUAGGGCUAGGGCCGCUGCGGUCUCCUGGAUCAAUGCCAGAGUUUGAUCGAGUGGUAAAAGUUGAUCCUCAGCAGAACUCGCUCUCGAGUGACGAUUCCAACGUGCCGCCAGUGAUGAUUGUUGAGAAAUCCAUAGCCAUGAUGAAAGGGCAACAAGGAGAUGAUGCAUCCAUACAACCUGCCACUUUAGGAAAACGCCCAGCUGGUGGAUUGAGUGCUACGGGUAAAGUCAGCGAGUAUCUCGAUGCACUCGAAUCUUUAAAAGCAGAUAUGAUAGGGGAACGUGGGCGUAGCGUUUCCAAUGGGACUAGCUCGACACAGGGACUGAAUUCACACAACAAGAAGUUGGCAUACAAGGAUAUGGUGCGUAAGCUGAUUGCGGCAAUGAAAGCAGAGAGUGGGGUGGCCAAUGAACCUGCGGCUCAUUUCGAAACUGAUGCCGGAAAUCCAACAGCCCUGAAUGCCAAUACAGAGUUUCUUCCUGUAUUGGACUGUCAUGAGGGCGUUGACAUCACAUCGCCUACUCAAACACACAGCAUCUCCGAUUUGGGAUUUUCAAGACUAGACACUCGACAGCUGAAUCCACAUCAACUCGAGAUGGUUGAUUCCACACAGAUCGUGGCAGACACAGUCUUGAAUUCCAACACAUCAGAGGAUGAAAUACCGAUUAGCGAGUUGGUAGCCCGUAAUGAGCCACUUGACAAUGGCACGAGUUACUGCUUCAAUGAUCGUCGUAUGUGUAUCAAACCACACACUCUGACCGUAAGCACCAAAGAAAAUGAUGUUAAUAUGAGCCGUCCAAGUGUUGAAUUUGACAAGAGUGCCGCAUUGAGUGUAAAGUCGCCAUUGUCACCAUUAAAACAAGCUUAUAUUGACAUCAAUGCAAGACUGGGUCUAGCACGUCCAGGAAUAUGA